CUGGUGACCGACACCACCAGUUCCUACUGCCUCGGCCACCCACGUCCACUGUUCACCCUGAGACUGGAGAGACUCAGGCAGCGGAUCGAACGGAGCGAGGACAGGCAGCCGGCCCUUCCGAGGAGUUAUGGAUGUUGGUGCACUCGCUUCUGACCAGAUCCGUACCCAGAGGGAGCUAACCAGUAGCCACCACCUCCAGCUGUCUCUUUGCCUCGCACCAGGUCUUACCCUUCCAGUAUGUUCCUUCUGAUGAGACAAUUUCCAGUGCCGAGAGUUUCAGUACAAUGUGGAAAUGGAUACUGACACAUUGUGCCUCAGCCUUUCCCCACCUGCCGGGCUGCUGUUGCUGCUUCUUGUUGCUCUUCUUGGUGUCUUCCGUCCCUGUCACCUGCCAAGCUCUUGGUCAGGACAUGGUGUCACCGGAGGCCACCAACUCCUCUUCCUCCUCCUCCUCUUCCUCCUCCUCCUCCUCUUCCUUCUCCUCUCCUUCCAGUGCGGGGAGGCAUGUGCGGAGCUACAAUCACCUCCAAGGAGAUGUCCGCUGGAGAAGGCUGUUCUCCUUCACCAAGUACUUCCUCAAGAUUGAGAACGGCAAAGUCAGCGGGACCAAGCUGGAAAACUGUCCGUACAGUGUCCUAGAGAUAACAUCAGUAGAAAUCGGAGUUGUUGCCGUCAAAGCCAUCAACAGCAACUAUUACUUAGCCAUGAACAAGAAGGGGAAACUCUAUGGCUCAAAAGAAUUUAACAACGACUGUAAGCUGAAAGAGAGAAUAGAGGAAAAUGGAUACAACACCUACGCAUCUUUUAACUGGCAACACAAUGGCAGGCAAAUGUACGUGGCUUUGAAUGGAAAAGGAGCUCCCCGGAGAGGACAAAAAACAAGAAGGAAAAACACCUCAGCUCACUUCCUCCCCGUGAUGAUCAACACAUAGAAGGCACUGUUGCUGUGUGCAGUACAACCAAUGACUCUUUGGCCAGAAAGAGAUAGUACCCUCACUGAAGGCUGUAGCUCAAAAGGCAAAGACAUAGCCCUGAGUUCAGUUUGUUUAAAGGAAGAAAGGCUUUGGAUGUUUUUGUACUCACUGCUGACAUAUGAAGUUCUUUUCACUAGCUCUGUGUCAUUGUGUCAUG